ACUGAUUGGAUAAUCAAGGUGAGCUGUAAAUGACGUUAGCAAACGAACACAUUAUUUUGUGAAUACAGUUCAUUUCUUCCUGUUGGCUGAGCAGCUGUUUGGGAAAGUGCUUUGAGCGUAGCGGAGCGCGGGGCCACGCUGUACGCUGAAGGAUAGGAAUGGCUAAGCCUGAUUCAAAUGGAGGUGGAGAUGGUGGCCCGCAGGCCUACAGCCGGCGCCACAUAUGGGUGGUAUUCGUCUCGCUGCUGCUGGACCUGCUCUCAUUCACCAUGAUCCUGCCUCUACUGCCAUCGCUGCUCGACUACUACGAGUCACACGACACAAGUGGUGCCUACCCACUGGUGGUGAGCCGCGUACGUGAGUUUGGCGCCGCCAUCGGAGCACCUGAUCGGUUCACGCCCGUGCUGCUGGGCGGCCUGCUGGGCUCCCUGUUCUCUCUGCUGCAGUUCCUGACGGCGCCCGUCUCCGGCCGCCUGUCGGACGUCUACGGCCGCCGUCCGGUGCUGCUGCUUUCGCUGGUCGGCAUCGCCGCGUCCUACGUGCUCUGGUACCGCGCCAGCAGCUUCCUGGUGUUCGUGGCGGCGCGCGUGGCCGGUGGACUGAGCAAGGGCAACGUCAAUCUCUCGUCGGCGAUCGUGACCGACGUGACGGACGUGGAGUCCCGCGGCCGCGGCAUGGCCUGGCUCGGCGUCGCCUUCUCGGUCGGCUUCAUCGUCGGCCCGAUCAUGGGCGCGGCGUUCGCGGCCGGGUUCGGCCGCGGCGGCGGCGGCGGAGCGACGCUCUACCAGGCACCGGCGAUGCUGGCCAUCGCCCUCUCCUCGUUGAACGUGCUGUUCGUCUACCUGGCGCUGCCGGAGAGCCUGCCGGCCGAGCGGCGGAGGCGGCGUGCCGGUACCGACGACUCCCUGCUCGACUACAUCAGCCCGGCGGCGCUGCUCAAGUUCCGGCUGGUGCGCUGCGCGGACGCCACACAGCAGGCGGCGCUGCGGCACAUCGGCCUCGUCUACUUCCUCUACCUGUUCAUCUUCUCCGGCGUCGAGUUCACCCUUACCUUCCACUGCCACACGCGCUUCGCCUACACGUCCAUGCAGCAGGGCUACAUGUUCCUCUACAUGGGCGCGCUGAUGGCGGUGGUUCAGGGCGGUUACGUGCGCCGGAUUCCCGAGCAGCGCAUGGAGCGCACGGCACUGGUCGGCGUCGGCCUCCUGCUGCCCUCGUUCGUGGCCGUGGCGUUGUCGUACUCGCAGCUCGGGUUGUACGCCGGGUUCACGCUGUACGCCCUGUCCACCGCCGUGUGCGUGCCGUGUCUGUCUACGAUCGCGGCGCGUUACGGCGGCGCGCACCAGAAGGGCGCCGUGACGGGCGUGUUCCGCUCGCUGGGGGCGCUGGCGCGCGCGCUGGGUCCCGUGCUGUUCAGCACAGUGUUCUGGCUGACGGGAGCCACCGUCUGCUACUGCGCCGCCGCCGUGGUGAUGAUCGUGCCCCUGAUGCUGUUGGCUCGCUUCCGACCUCCCUCGACCGCCGCCACGGCCGCCAAGGAUGACUGAGGACAGUGGACAGGAGUACCGAGAGGGGAGGAGAGAUCUGAACCGAGUGUGGUCGACUCUCGUCCCUGGACAGAGAGUUGCGGCUUCAUCUUCGGCUGGCUUUCCGUCUACUCCGUCACGAUGCCAGAAUUAAUGCAAACACUGGUGAAAGGUGUGAGUAUUCAUGAAUCAACUACGUACCAACAAACCGGAUUAUGCUGUUACUUUUUUCGCUUUGUGAUCCCGCUUGCUUAUCGUUUUUUUUUUUUUGAAAAUGCCUCGCUGCUUUGCUUAAUACUCGGCAUCACCACCUCCGUCCGUCACCUCAAUGCCGACCUCAUUAUCUUAUGGCUAACCUCGUUUUAUCCAUGUGCUUAAUGUUAUGCUUCUGCAUAGUGCAUAUUAUUCCUGUGGCCUUAUUGAAAGUCGAAUCGUCUCUUUUGACAAAUCAGUAUAGGUACCUAUUGCAUAGGUGUGCGAGCGACUACUUUGCUUUUCCUUUUACAUGUGUUCAUCCGGUCACCAUGGGCUCAUCUCGUGAUACGAAUGCGAGUGACCUUUUCCUCGACUGAUUUAAUGAUGUUUCAAAGUCUUGAAAGCGAAGCUGAACGAACGCCCACCUAUGGAUCUCGUGUGCAACGAAUGUGUCUUGAAACGAUGGGUAAACGCUUACGCGUUAUAUUUUCCGACAAAUGCUGCUUUGGCAAAUGUAUUGAGGUGUGUUUAUCGUACCACAAACACUUAUCGUACCACAAUCGCGUUCGUACAUUCCAGUGAGUUUCUAUAAUAUGGAGCUGUGUGCGGAGUGAAGUGGCCCCAGGCCGAGUCGAGAGAAAGUGUGCUAACCGGGCAGCAGUUAUCACCCAGAAGAUGGACUGUUAGUUCAAUGGAUGUUCUGUGGUGUCCGCCCGCCACCGGACUCUGAGUUUAGAGAGGCUCCUAUCCGGGUAGCACUGGAGAAGGGACUAACAACAUCGACCACAUAGCGACCUGAGGGUCUUGCGGAGCGGAGCUGCACCGUGCCACUGCUGUCAUGAUGUGACCGUUAUGCUGACGUGAUUUGGUGGCCCGCACAGCUGUUUGCGGUCCAACCCCAGGCGGUGCCUUUGUGUUCAAUCGUGCACAGAUGUUGAUCCUCUCGUAGUGAAACCGACAUUUUGACUUCCCCGCGGUUGACUGCAAGGCCCUAUAUACCGUUGACCGAUGGCGUGCUACGGACGGCUGACCCGCUGUGAUCGGAUGAUCAGAAUGUGAUGGAAGUGCCUGUCGUCUGGUGGUAGCGGCAUGCCGAGCCCACACUAACAUUCCUUAUGGGACGCUGUUCCGCCUUACAAAUAUCUAUCAUUUCGUACACGUGUCGUAAAACAAAGGUGCGCGCUUUGUCUCAACAUUAGCUUCUAGAGCACUUGCAAUGGGAAACAAAGGGUGUUAUCGAAAUCGAACAAAUCACUUACUUAUGCUUGUUACUUGUUAAAUAUUUAUCAACAUGUUUGUAGUCUCUUCCUAUUCGGUAGGGUUAGCGCGUUAUGGUAAUGUAGCUGGUUUAGAUCGAUAUGCCUCAGCUGCAUUCUUUUUGGUGAUUGCUUACCCCGCUGCUUCUGUGAUUUUCAUGUACUACCACUUUUUGGGGAGAAGGCUGUUCGUGACAUGGCGCGGUAUUUGACAGAUCCAGUAUUUUGUGGUUUCUCAAUAAAUGUUUUGGGAUAA